CCUAACCAAACUUUUUUGAAUUUGGAGGGAAUCCCAUAUAUUUUUUCUAUUUUCUCUCAAAAUAAUCCCAAAAAUGGACGUUAUGGAGGUUGAUGAGGCUCCGGAAACAUCUCAGAAGCCGGAAAAAUCAACGAAAAAAGAGUUGACCAAUAUACCUUGGAUUGAAAAGUAUAGGCCGCAAAAGUUCGAUGAAAUCGUGGGCAACGUCGAUACUCUAUCGAGAUUGGCGAUUUUUUCCAAGCAAGGGAACGUUCCCAACAUAAUUAUAGCGGGCCCCCCUGGUGUUGGUAAAACGACGACGAUACUGUGUUUGGCGAAAAUAUUGCUCGGAAAAGCGUUCAGGGAUGCUGUCUUGGAGUUGAAUGCUUCUAGUGAGAGGGGUAUCGAUGUUAUUCGUAAUAAAGUUAAGGCGUUUGCCCAGCAAAAAGUUACUUUGCCUCCUGGAAGACAUAAGAUUAUUAUUCUUGAUGAAGUAGACAGCAUGACUGAUGGUGCCCAACAAGCUUUAAGGCGUAUUAUGGAGAUUUAUAGUAACACAACAAGAUUUGCUUUGGCUUGUAAUUAUAGUGAAAAAGUUAUAGAACCUAUUCAAUCCAGAUGUGCCAUUUUGAGGUAUUCAAAACUUACAGAUGAACAAGUUUUAGCAAGGGUCAAAACUAUUGCUGAUGUAGAAAAGGUCAAUUAUAGCGAAGAUGGUUUGGAAGCCAUAGUAUUUUCAGCACAGGGAGAUAUGAGACAAGCUUUAAAUAAUUUACAGUCAACUUUUAACGGUUUUAGCAUUGUAAAUCAGGAAAACGUUUUUAAAGUAUGUGAUGAACCUCAUCCCUUAUUGGUUAAAGAAAUGCUGAACCAUUGCAUAGCAGGAGAUAUAAGAAAAGCCUACAAGAUAAUUGAACAUCUAUGGAAUUUAGGUUAUGCUGCGGAAGAUAUCAUUAAAAAUAUAUUCAAAGUGUGCAAAAGUUUGACCAUGGAAGAACCCUUGAAAUUGAAGUUUAUCAAGGAAAUCGGUCAAACUCAUUGCAAAAUCGUGGACGGUUUGUGCACUUUGUUGCAAUUAUCGGGUCUGUUGGGCCGAUUGUGUAUUGUUUCCACUGGUGAUUUAAAAAAAUAAGCCCAAUUGUUGUUUUUUGUUUUUUUGAUACUGUACUGUCUUACUCUAC